UAUCUACGCGAGUUAGGAUAUGUCCUGAGAAUAAUUUUCGAGAGUGUGGAAUAAAAUUACAGUCGCGGAAAAAGAUUCGGCGAUAAGUUUUGGAAUUAUUUUGAGACGGACUUCCGUUCCGUAAGUUUUCUGUUUUUACGAGUUUUGCUCGUCGCGGCGCGCGAGAGCUGUGGGGCGUGAGAGAAAAUAUCUAGAUAUUUGUUAAAGUAAAAUGGAUGGCUAGGAUUUGAUCUAGAGAAAGUGCUUUUGAUCCAAUGGCCAAGAGUGACCAAGACCAAUGUAUAGUAAGGAGGUUUAGCUUCUUUGGGGACUUAGAAAAAUCUGAAUUUUUCCAUUUCUCUUCCUCUCCAAACCGUGAAGCCAUCCCCCAUUUUCAUACCUUCACCAAUUUUUCAUUUCAUCACCAAAUCAUCUCAUUCCAAGCUAGGGAAAUCCAUAGAACUUGCAAGGAAAUCACUUCUCUUAAGGAAGCGAGAAAGCGUAGAAUAGUGCGAGAACGUAUUUGUUUGGAAGCUUGCCGAGAUGACGGAGAGCCUAGCGAGACUGUGGGUCAUGAGGAUGGCGAGGACUUCGUGGACUAUCCCGGAGUGUAGAGAGUAGCGCUUGUUAGGCUACAUUUUUGGUUAGGCUUAGGGCCUAGUUGUAUUUUGGAUGACUGUAUGUCUUAUACAUUUAU